AUGGACACACAAGCAGGAAUAUCUCAGAAGGACAUCUAAUGUUAUCCCCGGAUUGUGACAUAAAAGAUAAUGACAGUAGACAGGAUUCUCCAGGAGCUAAUCCCAUUACCCCAAUUAUACAUCCAGCUCUAUCAGCUGAUCCCCCUGAUCCUGGGAAAUGUUCUCCUGAUGACUCUGAUAUUGGUGCAUCUGUUACAGCUCUGACAGUAGAUACAGUGUUUCCGUGUUCUAUAGAUGCCAAAUGUUUUACAAAGAACACAAAGCCUAUUAACCUACACACAGGUAAGGCAGGUGGAAGGCCACUGAUAUGUUCAGAGUGUGGGAAAUGUUUUACAAAGAAAUCACAACUUGUUAUACAUCAGAGAAGUCACACAGGUGAGAAGCCAUUUCCAUGUUCUGAGUGUGCGAAAUGUUUUACAAAGAAAUCACAUCUUGUUAUACAUCAGAGAUGUCACACAGGUGAGAAGCCAUUUCCAUGUUCUGAGUGUGGGAAAUGUUUUGCACUUAAAUCACUUCUUGUUAGACAUCAGAGUAGUCACACAGGUGAGAGGCCAUUUUCUUGCUCUGAGUGCGGGAAAAGUUUUACCUGGAAAUCCAAUCUUGUUAGACAUCAGAGAGAGCACACAGGUGAGAAGCCAUUUCCAUGUUCUGAGUGUGGGAAAUGUUUUGCAUGUAAAUCAGAUCUUGUUAUACAUCACAGAAGUCACACAGGUGAGAGGCCAUUUCCAUGUUCUGAGUGUGGGAAAUGUUUUGCAUGUAAAUCAGAUCUUGUUAUACAUCACAGAAGUCACACAGGUGAGAAGCCAUUUUCUUGCUCUGAGUGUGGGAAAUGUUUUGCAUGUAAAUCAGAUCUUGUCAUACAUCACAGAAGUCACACAGGUGAGAAGCCAUUUUCUUGCUCUGAGUGCGGGAAAUGUUUUACACACAAAUCACGACUUGUUACCCAUCAGCAAAGUCACACAGGUGAGAAGGCAUUUCCAUGUUCUGAGUGUGGGAAAGGUUUUGCAGACAAAUCACAUCUUGUUAGACAUCAGAGAACUCACACAGGUGAGAAGCCAUUUUCUUGCUCUGAGUGCGGGAAAUGUUUUACACAGAAAUCAGUUCUUGUUAUACAUCACAGAAGUCACACAGGUGAGAAGGCAUUUCCAUGUUCUGAGUGUGAGAAAUGUUUUACACAGAAAUCAGAACUUAUUACACAUCAGCGAACUCACACAGGUGAGAAGCCAUUUCCAUGUUCUGAGUGUGGGAAAUGUUUUGCACACAAAUCAGCUCUUGUUAGACAUUACAGAAGUCACACAGGUGAGAGUCCAUUUACAUGUUCUGAGUGUGGGAAAUGUUUUACACGGAAAUUACAUCUUGUUCAACAUGAGAGAAGUCACACCGGAGAGAAGCCAUUUUCAUGUUCUGAGUGUGGGAAAUGUUUUGCACUGAAAUCAACUCUUAUCAGACAUGAGAGAAGUCACACCGGAGAGAAGCUAUUAUCAUGUGCUGAGUGUGGGAAAUGUUUUGCAGUGAAAUCAACUCUUAUUAGACAUGAGAGAAGUCACACCGGAGAGAAGCCAUUUACAUGUUCUGAGUGUGGGAAAUGUUUUACACAGAAAUCAUUUCUUGUUAUACAUGAGAGAAGUCACACCGGAGAGAAGCCAUUUUCUUGUUCUGAGUGUGGAAAAGGUUUUUCACACAAGUCAUAUCUUGUUAUACAUGAGAGAAGUCACACUGGAGUGAAGCCAUUUACAUGUUCUGAGUGUGGGAAAUGUUUUUCACUGAAAUCGAAUCUUGUUCAACAUGAGAGAAGUCACACCGGAGAGAAGCCAUUUUCAUGUUCUGAGUGUGGAAAACGUUUUUCACACAAAUCAUGUCUUGUUACACAUGAGAGAAAUCACACCGGAGAGGGGCCAUUUUCAUGUUCUGAGUGUGGGAAAUGUUUUGCACAGAAAUCAACUCUUGUUAUACAUGAGAGAAGUCACACCGGAGAGAAGCCAUUUCCAUGUUCUGAGUGUGGGAAAUGUUUUUCACUGAAAUCGAAUCUUGUUCAACAUGAGAGAAGUCACACUGGAGAGAAGCCAUUUUCUUGUUUUGAGUGUGGAAAAGGUUUUUCACACAAGUCAUAUCUUGUUAUACAUGAGAAAAGUCACACCGGAGUGAAGCCAUUUACAUGUUCUGAGUGUGGCAAAUGUUUUUCACUGAAAUCGAAUCUUGUUCAACAUGAGAGAAGUCACACUGGAGAGAAGCCAUUUUCUUGUUCUGAGUGUGGAAAAGGUUUUUCACAAAAGUCACAACUUGUUACACAUGAGAGAACUCACACUGGAGAGAAGCCAUUUUCUUGUUCUGAGUGUGGAAAAGGUUUUUCACACAAGUCACAUCUUGUUACACAUGAGAGAAGUCACACAGGUGAGAGGCUAUUUUCAUGUUCUGAGUGUGGGAAAGGGUUUAUACGGAAAUCACAUCUUGUUACACAUGAGAGACGUCACACAGGUGAGAAGCCAUUUUCAUGUUCUGAGUGUGGGAAAAGUUUUAUACAGAAAUCACAUCUUGUUCAACAUGAGAGAACUCACAGACGUUUGAAGCCAUUUGCAUGCUCUGAGUGAUUAAUAAAUCACCUCUUGUUGGACACAGUAGACAUCACACAGGUGGGGAACCAUUUUAAUCUUCUGGAGUAUACUCAUCUUCACCAUUUCCCUGCAUUGUUCCUUCAGGUUUUAUACUAUGUCCUGUGUGGUUUUUUUUUUUUACAAUAUACAUGCUGCUACUGGGUGAAAUAAUAAGACGUCAUGUCCUCCUUUACCUCUACUAUGCAGAUAACCUGUCUUUGCUCCAGGUACUGAAAACAAUACCAAUACUAAAUGUCUAGCUGAGCUCCAGGUGUGGGUGAUGCCAGUUGGCCGUGACUCAGUCCUAGCGAAACAGGUCCAUUUGCUAAUGCACGCCGACUCUCCUGUCUUCUGAUUACUUCCUCACACUCCUAUCCAAGAUUUUUCACGUGCUGCUCCCUUUCUCUGGAAUUCUUUACCUCUCCCCCUCAGACUGUUACCAGCAGUACCAAGAAUCUGCCAUAAUUCAUUUGUGGUUGAUCUGUUAGCUAUGCAGCCCUGACCAUGGAACCUGCUGCCUCGCACAGUCCAAGAGACCUCCACCCUGGAGACCACAAACAGACUGAGGACUGUUACUCACAUGUUUCAUUAAUGUUCCUUCACUUCCUAAAUAUACAUCCCACAUGCUGAGGUCUUUAUUCUGUUCUACUUAUUGUGUAUCUUGUGCUCUGUGUAAAUGUG